AUGAAGGUCAACCAGAAGUUCGUCGCCGCAGGUGAGCUGGAUCUGCAGAAAGUGAAGGAGUGGCGCUUCAAGUAUGAUGCUGCCCUCGCAGAGAGGAUCUUGAAGGGCAAGCCCGAGUUGAUUGUGCUCGCCGGCUUCAUGCACGUAUUCAGCGCAAGUUUCUUACAGCCGGUCACCGCUGCUAGGGUGGACGUGAUCAACUUGCACCGCGAAGCCAGUGCCAGUGCAACUCAAAGAGCAUAUGCAGACUACGAAGCAGGUGUCCUACCUGACAACACCACUGGUAUUGUGAUACACCGUGUCAUCGAGCAAGUAGACAGAAGCGCUCUGAUAUCAGCAAGAGAUGUUAAGAUCCAACCUGGUUGGGGUCUCAACCAGUUCGGAGAAUACAUGCACAGUAUUGAGCAUGAGCUAAUUGUGGAUACAAUAACGAUCAAGGUCGAAGAGAUCUUAGCCAAGAGGCAAGCAUCGUCAUGA